GCUCAUUAUCACACCACAGCAACAAGUGGCACCAACUGUUUUUAUGGACGUUUUAUAUGAGUGAAGAUAUCAGGAAGUCAACGUCUCAACCAUGAACAAACGAAAACUGAGUUUCAAAUGGUUCGGGAGCCUCACCAACCUUUCCGCCCGCCGCCCGUCAGAGAAGACCAACAUCAAGGCAAUCCCAGAGCAUGAUGGGAGCCUCGAUGGUGCCAAAUCAGCAGCGGGGGAGCAAGCGGUGGAUGACAUGGGGGACUGCCUCCACAGCCCCAGCUACGCCCGCUCCAGCGAGAUGUACACACAUGUGGGCACUGUGCCCCGCAGCCAGAAGUUGAAGAGCUGCAAGGGGCUGAAGGAGAAGAAGAAGAAGAAAGAGGAGGAGGAGGAGGAGAGGGUGAGUGGAGGGCAGAGCCAGUGGAAGGCGGGGGAACAUGUCCGAGACUCCCCUCUGCUCAGUGCCCUGUCCAGCCUCAGUGUGACCAGCCUGGACCGGCCUGUUUCUGCCCGGCCGCUGCCCGCCACCCCGACACUCAGCCGGGCUUCACCUUUGACCUCAGCACCCGAGUCUUGCUUCUGUGAUCCUCCAGCGGACCCCAUUAGGAGCCAGGGGUCUUUUUUACAGAGCAGGGAUGCUUUAGAAUCAGGUAGAGCUAUGGAGCCCUCAAACAUGGCAACUAACGGCCCCAAAGUGGCUCCGUCGCAGGAUGUGUAUGUGCCGAUGGACCCGAUAGCUGAAGCAGCUCGCAGCCACAUGGGCGAGCAAACAGAGAGGCGGCGAGGCGUCACCAGCACACAGGAAACCACAAGGACUGUGAACGGCUCGCAGGAAGUGAAGCGUGUUGACAGUCAGCAGGACCUGACAGACAGCAGCGGGGAAUAUGUGAAGUUCUCCAAAGACAAGUUCUGGUUGGAGCCGGCGACGGAGAAACUGAGGAAGCAGCUGGAGGAGGAGCUGAAGCUGAGCGGCAGCAACCUGAAGAGCCACGCCUGGUACCAUGGACGCAUCCCCUGGGAGGUGUCAGAGAGCCUGGUGGUGAACCACGGAGACUUCCUCAUCAGAGACUCUCAGUCCAGUCAGGGCGACUUUGUCCUCACCAGCCACUGGGAGCAGAAAACACUUCACUUUGUCAUCAGGAGGACGGUGGUUCAGUCCGGUGAGACGUACACUCGGGUACAGUACAGCCUGGAGGGCGAGGCCUUCGACUCUUUACCGGCUCUUGUUCACUUCUACGUGGGCAGCAAGGCAGCUUUGACCCGGUGGUGUGGAGCUCAGAUUCACCAUCCGGUAAACAGGACGCUGCCUCUCAGCUACCUGGAGACGGCCUUUGGCACUGCCGUCAGCCCGCCUUCCUGCCACAGCGGAGAAGAGAGGGUUUGUCCGAGAAGUCCUUCCUCUCUCCACCACAGGGAGGCAGAUGUGAACAGUGAACAGGACGACCGGCCUCUUUUGACUGCUGGAGAAUCCUCUGUCUCUCUGAACAGCAACACACCACAGUCCAGAAGCCCUAGCAGUAGCCGAGCAACCAGCGUGGCUCCAUCCCCGUCCCUCUCCAGGCGCUUGGAUACCGCCCGACCCCUGCCCUCUCCCAGCAGCACCCUCCACAGACAGUGUGACGACAGACCCCAGCCACAUCUGAACCACGACUCCCCAUCCUCUGAUGCAGGUGGGAGCUGCUACACGGAGCUGUACCCCGGCCCCCAGAGCUAUGUUGAGAGGCUGCGGGCGGAGGAAGGGUCAGUGGGCGUAGAUCCACUAAGGUCGGAGGACGGGAACGUGUACUUCUCGCCUGUAGUGGAGACGGAAUCAUCAUUCAAACCAAGCAGGUACCAGUCGUCGCUGAUGCCCAAGGAGAAUAAGCCUUUGGAGGUGGCCAUCCUGCGGAGGGUGAAGGAGCUGCUGGCCGAGGUCGACCCCAGGACAGCGGCCAAACAUAUCACCAAGGCUGACUGCAUGGUGGCCAGAAUUCUGGAGGUGACUCCGGAGGUGCAAAGGAUGAUGGGAGUCAGUUCUGGCAUGGAGCUGCUCACGUUGCCACAUGGCCAACAGCUGAGACUGGACCUGCUGGAGAGAUUCCAAACCAUGGCCACCAUGUUGGCCGUGGAUGUGUUGGGCUGCACAGGGACGACAGAGGAGAGGGCCGGCCUGCUGCACAAAAUCAUCCAAAUCGCAGCUGAGCUCAAGAGCACCAUGGGCAACAUGUUCGGCUUUGCAGCCGUCAUGAGAGCUUUAGAGCUGCCGCAGGUGUCCCGGCUGGAGCAGACCUGGACGGCGUUACGGCAGCGACACACAGAGGGUGCUAUCCUCUAUGAGAAAACUCUGAGGCCGUUCAUGAAGAGUCUGAACGAUGGGAGAGAAAGCUGUCCACUGUCCAGCACCACCUUCCCACACGUCCUACCCCUCCUGUCUCUGCUGGAGAAGAGUGUGGCGGUUGGUGAGGGGACAGAGCCGUGGGAGACGGUGGAAGUCGGUGUGGACGUGGUCAUGUUCCACCUGGGGGCGGCGAGGACGAUCGCUCAGCUGGGGGGCAUCUACCGCUCCAACGCUGAGAGCAAACUACAAGGUUUCCAGGAGCAAGCGGAGGUCUUGGAGCUCUUCCUCACUGACUUCCAGAUGAGGCUGCUGUGGGGGAGUAGGGGAGCUGAGGAGAGCCAGACUCUACGAUACGCCAAGUUUGACCAGGUGCUGACUGCCUUGUCCAACAGGCUAGAGCCGCCGGUCAGACCGCAGUGACCCCAGAUCAGUUUUUAAUUACUUUGUUUAUCCUGGGUGAGCUCCCUGUCAUGUUCUCAUUCCUGCACGGGACAGUCUGUUGGAUGCUGAGCAGCUCCUGGGGUCUGACGCUUUGCUCCAGAGCAACUGGAAGGUCAUUAAAAAGGAAGAGCAUGAUGGUGCUUCCACUCCAGCCACAAACACACUUCAUAUGCAUCCAGACUCUAGAUAAACCACACUCAAACAGUAUGCCACUUUUGUCGGUCUAGGAUUCAAAUUCCAGGUCAAAAGCACAUCAGCAGGAUGAAUGUUCGCCUGAAAUGUGUUCUCAUACCGGUUCUCAGUACUGUUUAAGUUAUACAACUUAAUCUGAAAGUCAGAGUUGUUGAAUAAAUUGUCAUGUUGACAAGAAUUUGAGUUUCUGGAAGGAACCACCAGAUGCAAUGACAGUGGAGGCACUAGAAGUUUGAGGUAGUACAGCACUGCGGAGGAGAAAAGAUACAAACCAAGGACCCGCAAAAUUUACAGUACUAUGGCACAAACACAGCUCUUGAUUUAGUGUUUUGUUUUGAUUGUUACUCCUCUGCGCUGGCAACAGGCGUGGCCAGAGAUAUUAUGUUUUCGGGUUGUCCCUCUGAUUCUCAUGAGCACAGUAUCUCGAGAACGCCUUAAGGGAAUUUCUUCAAAUUUGGCACAAAUGUCCACUUGGACUCAGCGAUGAACUGAUUAGAUUUUGAUGGUCAAAGGUCAUUGUGACUUUAUUUGUCUCAUUCUUGUAAACGUGAUGUCUCAAGAACAUCUUGAGGGAUUUUUUUUUAUUUGGCACCAUUGUCCACUUUGAGUCAAGGAUGAACUGAUUAGAAUUUGAUGGUCAAAGGUCAAGGUCACUGAGACCUCAUCUGUCACAUUUUUGUGAACGCAGUCUCACAAACACCUUGAGGUAAUUUCCUGAAAUUUGGCAGUUGGACUCAAGGAUGAACGAUAAGAAUUUGGUGUUCAAAGGUCAAGGUCACUGUGACCUUGUGUCUGUGCCCUUCUCAUGAAUGCCUCUAGAGGGCCUUAAAAUGUCCUUGAAUUUGGACAGUGGACAUUUGUGCAGUGUCCAGUUUGACGGUCAAAGGUCAAGGUCACUUAGACCCCAUUUGUUACAUUCUUGUGAACACAGUAUCUGAAGAACACCUUAAGGUCAUUUCUUCAAAUUUGGCACAAACGUCCUCUUGGACUCAAGAAUGAACUGAUUAGGUUUUGAUGUAUAAAGGUCAAGGUCACUGACCUUGUGUCCGUCACAUUCAUUGAGAAGGCCUCAAGAGAGAGAUUUCCUUAAAUUUGGCACAAAUGUCCACUUAGACCUCACAAAACAUAUUUUGGCUGUAACUCUAGAAUUCAUAUGGUAAUCAUGACAAAAUUUCACACAAGUGUCUAACAGGAUAAAAUGAUAAAGUGAUAAUACUGUAUAUCCAAAAGGUCAAAGGUCAGCUUCAAUGUGACAUCACAAAGUUCUGCAGAAACACUUUUAUUUCCAUUACUCAGCGUCAUAUCUCAGGAACAGAAGGGGAAGCAUUUGGUCAGAUACUGAACUGGUGACUAAUCUUGAAACUGACUGUAAAGAUCUUCUGUGCCAUUGGGGGGAAGAUGCGUGUGAAGCAUCCACAUGGUUUUCCCCUACAUGGAUAUAAAUUGUAAAUGAAAGCUGAGUGGUUCAUGGAGGCACACACCUGCAAAGCAGUCAUUUUAGUUUCCCCAUAAACUCAUAUUUUCAUCGACCAUCCUCCUGACAGUCUCAUUUACCACUAUCUGAAUUCUUAACUGAGAACACUUUUAAUGAUUCAAAGUGCCAGUGCCAGAGCCAAAAAUCAGCUUUAUCCUGCCAGCAUCUUUUAUUUAAAGAUUUAUUUUGGCAUUUUUGCUUUAUUUUUGAUAGUAAGACAGAGACAGGAAAGGGAGGACGACAUGCAGUAGGGCCGAGGCUGGACUCAAACUCUGGCCGCUGCAGUAAGGACUCAGCCUUAAUGGUACGCUCUACCCAUUAAGCAGGGGCUCCGGAAUCUUUAAUUUAACAUGAGGACUUCAUCCAUCUCACAAGGAACCAAAAUGUGAACAGAAGAUAUCAGUGUAAAUAUGUGGUACUGUGCCAGGUUCUAUUGUGGUGUGGUACUUCUGUUCUGCAAAAAGAAAAACAGGAAGUUGUUUUCUGUUUCCGUGAAAACAGUGUUGAGGCAAUGUUGCAACUCCACUUCGACAAAAGAGGAAUGAGAUCAAAAUGUCUCAACAGUACUGUCACACUUUAGUAAUGCCCAGAGCAGCACGGUUCACACAAAGGUCAGUUCCAAAUGUGCACACCUGAGAGAAGCUGCCCAUCUACUGUACACAGGUUGGUUAUUCUCCUUUUAGACAAGAUGAUUACAUGACCUUUCAUUAGUGGCAACUGCUACGAUUCAAUUCAGCUAUUUCAAAGCAAACAGAUCACUUUUUUUAGACACAUUCCAAGAACCUUCUUCUCCGUACAUGUCUGACACUAUACGGAGCAAUCACGCAACAGUUCUGUCAGGUUACAUGGUACAGAUUCAAAAUGAUCAACCAUAGAAGAAAUUAAACAUGAUUUCUUUAUUUUAUUUGGUUUACUUUACAGGGACAGCUCACAGCUAUAAACUAAUUUACAUCUGUUGUCACUGGGCAGAAAACAGAAAAUAACAUCUAAGGUCCAGUUUUAAGAUUUAGGGGAUUUACUGGCAUCUAGUGGUGAGGAUUGCAGAUUGCAACCGGUUGAAAUUUCUUCAGGUAAGAAUUCCUUCCUUCAGUGUUCAUUGUUCACCGUUGUGCACCGGGAGCAGAAUUAUCCGCAGGGGUCUCUUCUUGUCAUUGAGGGGCUGUUAACUACAUUGUCUGACGUGAAAACACAAAUGACCCCAUCUAGAGUCAGUGUUUGGUUUGCCCUUUCUGGACUACUGUAGAAACAUGGCAUUGCAACAUGACAAUCUCUGUAGACGAGGACCUGCUCCCUAUGUCGAUAUAAACGUUUCAUUCUAAGGUAACAAAAACACAACAAUUCUUAUUUUCAGGUGAUUAUACACUAAAGAAAACAUACUUCAAUUAUAUUCUAUUUCUACCAAUAUACCCCCUAAAUCGUACACACUGGACCUUUAAGUGAAUUAAAACUGCAAUAUAAAAACACAACUACAAGACAGUACAUAUUCACUGUACAGCAACAAGACGUCACAACAUUAAGACGCAUGAUAACACGUGCAGUAAAGAUAGAUAUACUCAGUAAACCUGAUGAUACAUGCAGUGUGUGUAAUGUGUAAUUUCCCUCACAGUAGUUGGUGAGAUCAGGCUGUGCCUCGGUCUGAUAGAUUAAUGUAUAGAAAUGUUUUCAUGUCUGCCUGAAGGCUGGGCCUUCCCUAAAUCUACACCUGUAUGAACUGUAUGUCAUAUUGUACAGCCCAGUAACAGAAUAACCUUGUAUCUACAUUUCCAUGUUUUUGUAUUAUGUCCAUCAUCAUGUGUUAAUCAGUAGGAUUUUCUAAUUUGACGUUUAUAUUUAAUGUAAUCUUGGUGGAGAUUACUGGUGCUGUAACCAGUGCGGGGGGUCAGUUCAGAACUUUGGUUCAUUUUUAAAACCUUUUUCUUCCUGUUUCCUUCAAAAUAAAAGCUGUACACGUCUUCACAUCAUCACACAUAGUGUAUCUCUCAUUAUCACUGUGAAUUGAAGGUGAACUGAUCCUAACCACAUGAGUACAGCACACAGGUACAGAGCGUUUCUAUUAAUUUAGUAUUAAUGUGUAAUAUUUAUCUGAAAUGUGAAAUAUAAAUAAACAUGUUUACCUCA